AUGACUUCGCAGGGUCGAAGCAACGAGGAGCGGGCUAGAUGGCGGUCACAAUGUCGCCGAAGGCUCGCCGACCAUAUCUUUGAGAGCCUCAAGAUUAAAGUCGAACCUGCAGAUGUGAAGCUAAUCACUAGUUCGGCCGAUCGCUAUCGAUGGGUUGUCGACACUAAAGCUCAGUACCUUUUUACCAAGCACUUGAGUAAACAUUCUUUGAAAGCAUAUCGAGAGUUGUACUCCUUCGUUGGCGGGGCUAUUCAAGCCGUGCUCAGUGAGGGACCCGAGAGCUGCGGUCUCCCCAAAGUGGCGCAGAUGGGCCAACACAUUCAGCAAAUAGAGCAGCUGAAAAGACGGAUCUUGAUUUUGGAAAGGGAAAACGAGUCUUUGAAAACUGGCAUGCACCAAGCGCAGGAGUCCGCAAGCAAUGUGAUGGCGCGCUCGUCUCAACUGAGCCGUGAUCUGACCAAGGCUCAGCAGCAAACGCAUUAUUUUAAGCAAAGCUGUAUUAAAUUGGUGAAGUUGAACAAAGUUCAGGGAAGUGCGCUUCUCCAGUGUCGUCGGAGGAUUGAAUUGUUUGAGGAGGCAGCAAAGACCCUUGCUGAGUCUAUUAAGCAUUCUGAACCACUUGCUGAAUAG